CAACAUUGCGUGAGUCUGCGGCGAGUUCCUCAUAAAUUGCACAUACUGUAUAAAUAAAAUAAAGAGAAAUUUUGGUCACACAACAAUUCUUAAUUCACAGCUGUAAGCAGUAAUGGGUGGUUAUGAAGCCUGUACAGUAAUUGGAAGCAAAAUCCACGGUAACUGCAUAUAUCAGUAUGGCAUAAGAAUAUAUUCCAAGACCAAGUAUCAUUUACAGUCAUAAAAAAUUUACCGACACCUUUUUGAAAGAUGACAUACACAUCGCUGCCAUGACGUCACGGUCUACCCACUCUGGUGGACCGCUGAAUCACCUUGACACAGCUGAAAGUUUCUCUGUAAGGAUGUCUCCUAAAUCUCCUAACCUACAGUUACUCGGGGAGACCCUCACACGUCACUACAGACUUGCCUGCGAAUUAUUCAAUACUUAUCCAGUUGGACGCUUCACCCAUCAGUUUUCUCAAGGAAGUUUGGAUCUCAAUUUAUCUGAGAUUGAUCUAGAACAGUUGGAGGCAUUAUGCCAUACUCUUCAAAACAAGAUAGCUCCUUUGAAUAUUCACAUAUAUAUUCCAGAUGGAAAGGAAGCUGCAUUGAAGGUCAUUCAUCGAAUUCUACAGGGAAUCAGCAUAUGCCUUUCAAAAUCACUCAUUUUAUCAACUCUUGAACUCUACAAUAUCAAACUAAAAGGGAAGAAUCUCAAUAUAUUUUGUCAGGGCCUUAUGAAGUCACAAAAUCUGAAAAUCUUGAGUUUCAAUAAAUGUGAACUUGGAGAUGCUGGAGUUGCACAGAUGUGUCAAAGUAUCAAAAAUGUACCCAGCAUUACACAACUCCAGUUGAUUAAUUGUCUUCUAGCAGAAAAGGGGACCUUUGCUGUUGCCAAUUUGAUACAGCACCAAAGGAUGAAUCGUGAUAGUGCAAUGUGGCAAGAUACUCUUCGUUUACGUCAACCACACCUUGAUGGCAUGAAAGGUCUUCGCAGAAUAACCCUCAAUAACAACCCCCGACUCAAUGAUAAAGGAGCAGUGGCUAUUGCUAAUGCUCUGGCUGAAGAUUUGUGGAUCAAAGCUUUGGACCUUCAGCAUUGUGGGAUUGGUGAUGAGGGAGGACUGAUGCUGAGGAAUGUAAUCAACACCAACCAGACACUAGAGAUCCUAGAUUUAAGACAAAAUCCAUUUGUUCCAAGCCAGUUAGUGGAGGAUAUAAAAGAAGUACUUAAGAAUCGACAAGAUAAAUACAAUAUUCAGUUUAUGUGGUUGGAACCAUCAGAAAAUGACCAGACAAAACAGGAAGCAACAGCUAAGACUACAGGAAGCCCAGGAAGAUAUUCAGCAACUAGCAGAAUUAAUAAUAUAAAGAAAGUGGGUCAUCAUGCCAUUUAUACUCCGCCUAAACAAAUACCAAAGCCUCCAGGACAGCUGGGGAUUCCAUGGAGAGUGGAACAUAGAUUAUUUGAGAGAAGAGAGGGUUUAGCACCUGGUUCAGUGGUAGACGCAUUUCAUAAAGAUCAACAGAACUACGCAGUAGACUCCAACACCUCUCAGCCACCUGAUGUAGAGGAUGCACUGAACUUGCUAACUUUAAGAAAGCAGUUGAGCCUAUACAAGAGAAAGUACCAAAAGGAGAGAGAACGGAGGAAACGCAUGGAGAAAAAACUAUCUCGUUUACAAGAGCAAUUAAAAGGGUUUCACCUUUUAGACGAAGAGACAGUUUCUCACAUUGAAGCAUGCUUCUUGAAGUUUCAGACAUUUUUAAGUCAUUUACAAAAUACUGAAGUUUGGCAGUCAUCCUUAUUCCAAGAUUUAAAGAGAAGGAAUGUGGCCAAUGAUAUAUUACAACCCAGUAUUUGCCCAUCAGUUACAUUUGGAAAUUUGCACAGCAACAAAUCUUGGGCAUCCAACAAGAAAGUGCAAAAUUCUCAUCAUUCUUUAACUAUUCCUAUUCCAAUUAUAUUAAAUAAUAAACCAUGUGCUGAAGACGAACUGUUUUCCAGUGAACAAGUUUUGGAAAUUAAUGAGGUGAAGACUGGGAAAAUCAUGCAGACUCCUGGAUCUACAAGUUUUACUUUGAAUUUGGAACCAACAGACAAGUUAAAAAGCUCAGUAACUGCAAGAAAAGAUGACAGUCCUCUAGAAGAGCUUCAUGAUUAUAUUCAGGCUGGAAGGAAUAUGUUAUCUCUGCAAUCAAAUGGUGAGUUGCAAGAAAAUGUGACUGGUGGUGGUAAUGACAUAAUACUUACUGAAGAUAAGGAAGAAAUUUCUGAAGAAGAGGAUACUGAGAAAAGGUUUCUUAACGAAGAAGACACCACCAUGAAAAAGUUUUCCAAUGACAGAGAAGACAUAAAGGAUUUUUUUCCUAAAGAGGUAGAAAACACUACAAAAAAAUGUUCCAGCAAAGUAUAUGGCAAUGGGGAAAAGUUCUCAAACAAAGUAGUAGUCGGUACUGAGGAAAAUAUGGUAUCGUCACUCGAUUUAAAAAAGGGAUCAGUACAGGAAGGCAUAAAAAUGAAGUUAAAUAAAAAAAGUGCAAGUGGUAAGAAUGACUGUAAUACAGUCAACACAAGUUCUGUAAAUAAAGAUAAGCCAGUGAUGAAGGAGAAUGAGUUGCUUAUGGCCAAUUGUGAAAAAGAAUAUGGUAGUAAUACUGAAAAACAUGAAGACCAUGUAAAUAAACAAGAUAUUUUUAAUAAAACAAGGGAUAAUGUUGAAAGUGAAACUGAUUGGAUUGAUUUAAAAUCCAAAAAUCCAAAGGAUAAUACACAUGGCAGGGAUUUUGUAAAGGCAAAUAAUACAUUAACAAACUUAAAUAUGAGAGUACCUGACAGGCAUGAUAAUGUGAGCUUUAAACAAAAAUUUUCAGGUAAAGAAAAAAGUACUUCAGCAAACACCACAAAAUCUGUACAAGUUAAUACAUUUCAGAAACUUGCUAAUGAAAUUCAGUUUAGUUAUGAGGAUACAGUUAAUGGAAGACAAAUUUCUCAAAUAACUGAAAAUUUUCAAAAUAAUGAUGUUAGUGAAACUGAUGAUGAGAAACUUAAAAUGCAAAAAACUACCUUUAUUUGGUUAAACAGAAGUGGGUCAGGCUCAUCCUCAGUAAGUAUCACAGAGCACCUCAGUCAUUCUCACUCACACUGGUCUAAGUCAUCCCAAAAGAAACCAAACAAGCAUGGAUCUUCAGAACACAGUUCAGAUAUUGCACCUCAACUUGAGAUGCCUGGAAAUAAAGGUGAUGAUGAAGGCAAGUGUGAUGGUUUUAAAUUAAACAGUCCUUCACCUGCUGCAGUACAGAAUGAUAAUGACCUUGUGGAGUAUGACAGUGAUUUUGAAAUAAGUGAUGUUGAAGGACUGAGUAUCUCGCCCUCAUCGUUAGCUUCCACAUCCAUACCCGAUGAUCUGCUAACUCCAGGAGAAGAAGAAUUUUAAGUGUAUGUUGUGAUAUACAGUACAGUAAUUCCCAUAUCUUAAAAGAAGUUAUACCUGUAUAAUGAAAGAGCUAUUAAGACACAAACCAUGCAAGAUAACAUAAAACUUGUGUAAUAAAAAUGGUUAAGUCACAAUACUGUAGAGAUAGAUAUAUGGCAUAGGCUGAGCUUUCUAGUGGAAAAAUAGGAUACCUGUACUGUGUGAAUACUGUGCCUUAGAAUUUUUUAUCAUCUAGAUAUUACAUCAGUAUAUUUAGUAUUGCAGUGUGCUGUAAUGAAUAUUGUAUGUAGUUUCUUUUAAUUGAAGCAAUAUAGAAUUGUGGCUGCAACAUUUUAUGCCUUUAUAUUAUAUUUCACAUUCAAGUAAAUUUGCAGUGUAUUAAUACUACAUUCUGGUAUCAUGUACUGUGAAUUAUAUCAGCAACUGUACAAUAAUAAAAAAAAAAAAAAAAAAAAAAUUCACUCUUG